AUGGAUCCAUUCAAGCAAUUUGUGGGUUCAGAAGGGUGCAGCAGCAGUGAAUCAGGAUGGACAACUUACAUUGUUUCUCCCAUGGAUGAAGAUGGAAGUGAUAAUGAUGAACAUGGUGAAGCUGCUAAUAACGGCUAUUAUGCCCACGGAGGAUACUGCAGUGGGAAUUACAGGGAUAUCAUUGUUGGUGGUGGAGGUGAAGCAGACAGCGACGAUUCAAUGGCUUCUGAUGCUUCUUCAGGUGCUUGCCAUCAUCAAUCCAAUGGCCAGAAGGCUGCAAGUUUCAAGCAUGGUGGUAAAGUCAAGAAGAACAUCAGCAGCAGCUUCAGCCAAUUCCUCUCGGGCAUCAAACCAAGCAGUAGCAAAGACAAGAAGAAAGAAGAGAAGGGCCUCAGACCAGAUAGGAAGCUACCUGCAACAGGUAGCAGAAAAUGCCGGAAAUAG